GAUACAGUGAUUUGUCGUGAGAGUCAAGAGGAGCUGGAGAGAUAGACGUGAGGGGGUGAUCUGUGACCAAUGAGCAGCAGCUGGAGUGGAAGAGGCUCUGAUGAAGACACUGAAGUUGUCACUCAGAGGAACUAAAAAUGUAUGUCAGUGUGAGACUCGAUUAAAUAUGAAUGAAAUUCAAUGAGUGAUUCAUCUCCAUUGAUCGCAUCAAAUGACAUCAUGGAAUUUGUCACAAUGGAGCAGUUAGUUGGUGGGACAUAUUAAGAUCAAACCUAGUUUAUUUUAAACAAGUCUGACAACAAUAUUCAUUGCAUCAAAUAUUGAAUAAAUAAAUAAUUGAAUCAAGUGAUGGCAUUCAUUCAUUCUUUAAUAACACAUUUUCUGACAUUAUUUAUUGAGAAUUAACAUGUUAAAGUCCUGCCCCUCGUUUUAUUCCUUUAUUUGAGACUAGAAAUGAACUUCUAUUCAUGGAAGAAAUAAUCAGAAUCAACUUUAUUGCCAUGGUUCGUGAGGAUUCCACCAACUAGGAAAAUGGUUUGGAAUAAUGUGCUGUCAUGAACAAAAAUAAAAUAAAAUAAAAUAACAAUGGCUGAUCACGAAUUCAACAGUCUGACAGCAGAGGAGAAGAUACUGUUCCUGGUCUGGAUGGACCGUAGCCUCCUGCCAGAGAGAAGAGGGACAAACAGUUCAUGACCAGGGUGAGAAGGGUCGGUUCUGAUCCCACCUGCACGAAUCUGGAUCCUGGAGACAUACAGGUCAUGAAGAGGUGGCAGCCAGCACCUUCUCAGCAGCACAGUCUGCUCAUGUCCCUGGCGGUGGUGCUGCUUACCACAGAUUAAAGGUCAACAACUACCUGCUGACUGCAAAAGUAAAUGAUGGUUGGUCAAACACAAUGUCAGUACCAGGUCUAAAUGUUUCAUAUCCAAGGCUGCAUGUACUCAGAUAAACAGUGAGACCAAGAUCUGUCUAUGACUUGAAACUAUAUCUCCAACCUGUGGCGAAGUGCAGCGCCAUUAACACAGGUGUUUUUCGGGAGCCACUUGUCAAAUGAUGCUUCACAGACACAGGUAGCAGACCUCAGCCAUGGUACUUGACCUUUGUACUUGUAUUUUGAAAAGUGCUCUGUGAAAUGAUUUGUGAUGUCAAUAGCCCAUGAUGAGUUGAAUAACCAUAAAGAGCUGAAAGGAUUAAGGACCACUGAUAAUCUGCCGCCCCUCAGCCGAGGUAAAGAGAAAGACAGAGAGUAGGAGGAGAGAGCCGCUGGCCGACAGCUGUGGGCCAUGUGGACAGCUGAUUUAUCUUAGAUUAGUCUGGACAUGCGCCAACCAGGACUCAACCAGGCCACGAUGGAUGUGCUUCGGCGUGAGGUGGAGGCUAGCGGCUAGCUGCUAAAGAGACUGCCACUCGUCUGACCCACUGACUGUCAAGGAGUUACAUUAAGGGCUUUUUUUUGUUCCCCAGCGGUGCUGCGUGUUCAACUGGCCACGAGGAUUCCCAUAUGAAUUGAACCGCCUUUGCUGUGUUGGAUUUAUUCUGUGCAAAAUAAACCGCUGGGAUUAUAAAAACGCGGGGAGAUAAAUCCUGUUUUUCUGCAGUAGAUGUGAGGUGAUAUUCUGUAGCCAUGGAUGAAUGUAAUGUGGGUAUGCAACUUGUGCCGUAAGCAGCAAGAGAUCCUCACCAAGUCAGGAGAAUGGUUUUCGGGGGCGGAGUUGCGGCCCGAAAGCCUGGGCAGCGGCUUGAACAACUCAACUAUUGGAGGUGAUAGCCAACGGGACAAGAAGCUUCUCCGCUCCAGGUCACAAGCACCUCCUCCGAGCGCCAACAGCAACGCAGUGCAGCCGUACGAUAUUCAGACGCCUGCCGUGAAAGGUGCUGACACCAUGUCCAGCUCCCGCUCUCAGAGUGAACCACCAAGAGAAAAGAAGAGGCCAGUUUCCCUUCAUGAACAAAAUGGAAAGGGAGGAAUGGGACGCGGCAGUGGCCGCAGGCCUGCUGGGCAACUCUCCUCUCAUUCAUCUCUGGAAGAGCGUGUGGGACCAGGAGAACGAGAGCGGCGGGUAGCAGACGGCCGGAAACUGGAGAAGAUCCAUUCGCAGGACUACGAUAACCAGGAGAGUGUCGUCCACCCUGAAAUGCACAGGAGGCGGCCAGAGGAUGAGGAGCAGAGGGAGCGGAAGCGUCGCGAGGAGGAAUUCCAGAACCGAUACCGGAGUGAUCCCAACUUGGCUAGAUACCCAGUGAAACCACAGAAGGAAGAACAGGAGAUGCGCAUGCAUGCCAAGGUCUCCAAGGUGCGUCAUGAGCGACGGCACAGUGAUCUGGCCAUCAAUGAGGUCGGACUCGGCCCCGGAGAGGGAGGGGUGGGGGGCUCCCGAGCAGGUGAGGGACAUGACAACCGUCUGUUCAGGAAGGGAGGGGAUGGGACCCCUCCUCUGGACAACUAUAGAGCUUAUUCCUCAGAGAGGACCGUGGGGGGUGGAGAGGGGCCUUUAUCUACAACCGGUGGCGUGAGAGGGGGAACAGCACCCCAAGAUUGGGCCGUUCACAAGGGCCGCCCAGAAUCUGGUGCAUCAAGGACACCAAGGGAUAAAGGUGGGGAAAUCCUGCUCCGAAAAGACUCCCAGAGUUCGGAUCAAUCUGAGUCUCUGCGGCCGCCUUCCACUCGGACAUACAAGAACAAACGUGGAGUCAACAAGCGGCAGAUGUCCAUCAGCAGUUCUGAAGAAGAGGGCGGUUCCACGCCGGAGUACACCAGCUGCGAGGACGUUGACAUGGAAAGCGUCAGUGAGAAAGGUGACUGGGAGUGUCACCCCUUAGAUCCCGCAGUCUGGCAUCAUCCAGUGACGUGGCAGCCGUCUAAAGAAGGCGAUCACCUCAUCGGCCGCAUAACACUGAGCAAGAGGUCGGCGAUGCCUCGUGAAGCCGGCUCCCUCCUCGGACUGAAAGUUGUUGGAGGAAAGAUGACGCAGACAGGGAGACUUGGAGCCUUCAUCACCAAAGUGAAGAAAGGCAGCCUGGCCGACGUGGUUGGACAUCUACGACCAGGUGAUGAGGUGCUGCAGUGGAAUGGGAAGUCCUUACCCGGUGCCACCAAGAAGGAAGUGUACAACAUCAUACUGGAGUCUAAGGCUGCACCUCAAGUGGAACUUAUUGUCUCAAGACCUAUUGGAGACAUACCGAGAAUUCCCGAGUCAUCCCACCCUCCUUUGGAAUCAACUGGCUCCAGCUCAUUCGAGUCCCAAAAAAUGGACCGUCCUUCGAUUUCUGUCAUGUCCCCAACAAGCCCCGGGACAAUAAGAGAGCUUCCACUGGUGCUUCCCGGCCAGCUCUCUGUGAAGCUGUGGUACGACAAAGUAGGUCACCAGUUGAUCGUCAACGUCCUUCAAGCCAUAGAUUUGCCAACGCGACCAGAUGGACGACCUCGGAACCCCUACGUCAAGAUGUACUUUCUCCCUGACAGAAGCGACAAGAGUAAACGACGGACUAAAACAGUGAAGAAGAGCGCAGAGCCCAAGUGGAACCAGACCUUUAUCUACUCCCAUGUUCACCGGCGUGACUUUCGAGAACGUAUGCUGGAGAUCACAGUGUGGGACCAACCGAGGGUCCAGGAGGAGGAAAGUGAAUUCAUGGGCGAGAUCCUCAUUGAGUUGGAGACUGCUCUCCUGGAUGACAUCCCUCACUGGUAUAAACUCCAGACCCAUGACGCGUCCUCGAUCCCACUGCCCCAGCCUUCACCGUACCUCCCACGCAGACACGUCCAUGGAGAGAGUCCAAGCAAGAAACUGCAGAGAUCUCAUCGCAUCAUUGAUACAGAGUUUGAUGAUGGUUUGAUGGUAGUGACUGAAGGUGCGGAGCGUAACUCCAGAGAGAGGGAGCGGAGCAGUACGCUGGCCGUCCCGCAGCAGCGAGCCAUCCAGCACAGAUCCCGAUCCGUGUCGCCGCAUCGAGAGGACACGUGUCGGGCGCGCUCAAGACCAGCGUACGUGCCCAUGCAGAGGAGUCUAGAUGAGAUCCAUCACAACCGUCACCACUCCCAAUCCCCCUCCAACUACCACGACUCCCAUCUGGAGCACCAGCGCUCGGCUGACUCGGACUAUGAGUACUCUGAGGACAGUGAGGUCCUGGAGAUGCACCGGUCCAUCCGGGGUGGGAGUGCUGAGUGCCUGCACACAAACAGAGGCGUAUGUAGAGCCAACCACACACUCCCUCCUAAAAUGCCCCUGUUAGUUAACGGUCUCCAUAAAGACCUCUACAGCUCCACCCUUCCUGCAUGCCUAAAGAACCACCCAGUCCCCAACAGAGUGCGGGACAAUCACACGCCUCGUAGCAUCCUCACACACCGUGUUCUCAGAUUCACUGAUGAGGUCACGGAUAGCGACCUGCAGCCAGUGCUCGACAGAGUGAGGAGUGCCAGCACCACAUGUCUGAGGCCUGACAACUUCUACUCUCCUGACCGAGACAGGCAGUGCAACAAUUCGCCAAGUCCAAACUGUGUCAGGGGAAGCAAAGGAGUCUUGGAAGGUGACAGCCGCAUCCAGCCUACCUCUAUCCUGCGUGGCAGUAGGGGGAGAGGAGGCCCUCUAAAGCCUUUUUGCCAAACCUCCUUGGCGGGGUCCUGUCCUAACUCGCCACAACUAGACAGAGCUCACCCAUACGCCUGCCCUUCCUCUCCAAUGGCGACUUCGUCGUCGGGUCGAAGAGUCCGACAACUGCCUCAACUGCCUGCGAAAAGCAGCAGCAUCGAGCAAGCUCUUGCUGUGGAAGAGCGAGCCAGACAGCUGCAGAUGAAAGUCCAUUCCUGCCGGCCUUCCUCCUCACGAGACCCUGACAUUGACGUCAAGACCAAACGAGAGAUGUAUGCAGAACAGCGGAGGAGCAGUGACAACAUGUCAGCCAGGUCAUCAGACAGUGACCGGAGUGACAUGUCGGCCAUCUCCCGUGCGAGCAGUGCCUCAGGUCUUAGCAGUGCCAGCUACAUGUCCAUCCAGUCUGAGCGUCCCGGGGGCCGACUCAGAUCUAAGUCUCUAGAGGAAGAGGAGGAGAGGAGGGACAGCAGGAGAAUUUCGUGGGGGGUGAAUGGCAAGGAGGAGAGGAGGAGGUCGGCAGGGAAGCGACGCUUCUCUCAGGAGUUGCAGCGCCGGAGACACACCGUCGCUGGUGACACUAGUGAGCCAAGUCGUCACAUGCGAGCAUCUGCGGGUCGCAACAUGAUGAAGAGCUCCAGCGUCAGCGGUGAAAUUUACUCUCAGGAGCGCACCGACGGCAGCCAGUCCGACACCGCACUGGGAACAGUGGGCGGGGGCAGCAAGAAGAGACGCUCCAGUCUAAGCGCUCGAGUGGUGGCCAUCGUCGGUAACCGCCGCAGCCGGAGCACCUCGCAGAUCAGCGGCACUGAGGGCAAGAGUAAGAAGGAGAAGGGCGCCCCCAUCCAGAGGAGCACGGAGACUGGGAUGGCAGUCGAGCUGACCAGGAACAUGAGCAGACAGCCCAGCCGAGAGUCCAACAACGGCAGCAUGAACAGCUGCAACUCUGAGGGAAAUUUGAUUUUCUCCGGCGUGAAUCUGGGAGCCAGCAGUCAGUUUAGUGACUUCCUUGAUGGAUUGGGCCCGGCCCAGCUAGUCGGACGGCAAACUCUGGCUACCCCUGCCAUAGGUGACAUCCAGAUUGGCAUGAUGGAGAAAAAGGGUCAACUGGAAGUAGAAGUCAUUAGAGCAAGAGGACUUGUCCAAAAGCCAGGAUCCAAGUCCCUUCCAGCUCCAUAUGUCAAGGUCUACCUGCUGAAUAACGGAUCCUAUGUAGCCAAAAAGAAAACAAAGAUUGCACGCAAAACUCUUGACCCUCUGUACCAGCAAGCACUGCUUUUCGAGGAAAGUCCACAGGGUAAAGUCUUACAGGUGAUCGUGUGGGGAGACUACGGUCGCAUGGACCAUAAAAGCUUCAUGGGCGUCGCACAAAUCCUCCUGGAAGAGCUGGACUUGUCAAGCACAGUGAUCGGUUGGUACAAGUUGUUCCCGCCGUCGUCCCUGGUGGACCCGACGCUGGCCUCCAUAACACGCCGAGCCUCCCAGUCCUCACUGGACAGUUCCUCCGGACCCCCCGGGGUCCGAACCUAGUGGACCAACAGCUCUACACUGCUCAUGAAAUGUUCUGUGGAGGAAGCAACCGUGCGGCGCCAACAGCAACAAUCAGAACAACGAGAAAGCUUUGUUGAUAUCUGACAAUCACUUCCGUUGUUGUUCUUUUUUUGGAUAAAGCGCCACGUUCCAAUCGCUCAUGUUCAUCCGGAGAACCAUGUCGUCGGUCUGCCCAAAAACGCCCGAGCUCUCCCCAAGCAGAGCCAAGCAGGAAGGAGCUGAAUCAACAACAGCGAAGAAUUGUACGUCUUUGUCGGAAUGUAUGAACUGGCGAGCGGCGGCCUGGUCCAGAACCCGUCCAACAGGCCUUGCCGGACGCACAGCGCCUUCAACUGGUGCCUCGCCCUUCGAGCCGCUUAAGUGUUCCCACUCUCUGCCGAAAGACCUUCAACAUGUUUACCAUGACAGCAAUUCAACAGAAAAUUGCUUUGUCCUUCUAGUUUUGGUUUCUCUUUGUUUGGACGGGCACAGCGUUCUUUAUGUGCUAAUGUUGUCGGUGUGACGUGUGCAUGGAGAGAACACAAAAGAUGAACAAAGUCUGUGUCAGUGGCGCAGGUGCGAGCUUGGUUUUAAUUGGGUUGUUUUUCACCUGCGAGCAGCUUUUCUUUUCUUCACUGCUGGAAAACUUUGUCGUCUUUGUAAAGAUGUGUGACAGCGCAUUAUGUCAUUUGAAACAAUGUAACUGGAAUUGCAUUGUGGUAAAAAACCCAGUCUGAAUAAAGGUGCCACAUUAUGUACUAAAUAGCGUGAAACAAUAAACUGCCUCAUUUUGCAAUAAAAUACCCCAUAAUGCAAAAAAAAAAAUCUGCUGUUGGCUGUGGCGCAACAUUAGCUGUGGCAGCCCCAAUUUUCCUCGAUUCUUGUGAAGGGCACUGAAGACAAUGUCAGAUCAUUUUCAGAGUAGAAUCAGGCCAGUCGUGAAGACAGAACAUAUGAUCAGGAUUAUACAUCUACAAAUAAAGAAAAAAAUAUUUCCUUUUCGUUAAUCAUUGUGCCUUUUCCAUCGUGCAGUAAUCUCAAUAUCUAUAAACAUUUUUUUCUUAUUUCCUGGGCAAAAUAAACUGAAUUAAAAACUAUAAAUAAGGUGUGUUUCUUAAAAGAAGCUGACAACUUCAUUCGCUGCAUUUAUAUGGAACCAUUGAUUGAAGCUCCCCCUCACAUAAACUCCCACAAAUCAAACUCCUUUGUACAAAAAUUAUGCUUAUGCUUUUUUUUAGCUAAGAGAGCAGUUAAGUCAUGGUGGGCUCUUGGACUGUUACAAUGUGAGAGCAUCAUCUUUGCAGAACUGACACUUGUUUUAUUAUAAGAAGAAAAUACCAAUUGGAACAUCUCUUCUUGCCUGUGUUGUAUUUGUUUGGAGUCUAUUCCCAUACAUGUUUAAUAUAUUUGCAGGUGUAACUCAACAUAUGUUGCUUUAAAACAAACCACAUGCAAGCGUUCAUUCAGUGACUCUCCACUGGUCUGGCUUUGGGGCCCACCAUCGCCCCGAAUGACAAGCUGCGACCAAAGUCAAAGAAAAAAUAAUUGAUUUAUUUAAAUCUACACUAAAGAAAGCACACAGAACUUCACAUACAACACCAGUUCGCCGAAAGUGUAAUAGAAUAAAAGCAGCUUUUUUUUGCAUAUGAAAAUGCCUGUCACCCACCGAGACGUUUUGGGUCUCAGUCAGUUGCUUUCAUUCACAGCAGACUAAAGACUCACAUGAUGAUGCUUUUAUUGCAUAAUGUGGCACCUAGUGAUGAAUCAUUUUCGAUGAAGUCAGUGUGACGUUAAGAUGGAUACUAGUUUCACCGGUUGAAAGAAAAAAAAGAAGUCAAUAUUUAUGUCAUAAUCAUGCUUAUGUUUCGCAGGGUUCAGUGUCCAUUCCUUCCCUUCACGGUUUGCCAACACAAGCACAAAAUUAGUUUUUUGUAUAAAAGUUUUACUUUUUUGGGAAAUAAAUUAUUUUGAAUAGAAAAAAAAGUGGAAAAGACAAAUCUGUGAAUGUCAACAAACAAUGAUGCGUCCGGCCUUCGUGUGUUCGUGCGUUCAGUGGAAAGGGAGAGGUUUUGAUUCAUUAUCAAGAAAAGUAAAACGCUUUAGAUGAAAUGAUCUGCUUUCUGAUGUCAAGUUUGAAUUUGAUCAAAAGAAAACUAUUCAUUGUGAACCUUUUUGAAGGCCACAAUGCAAAGUCGUUCACAGUAUGAGUUGAGGGUAUCAAACCCUAGGGCCAGCUCAGUACCAAACAACAAAAUAUAUAUAUAAAAAAUAUAUUGAAAAAAAUCUUCCCAGAUCGCUCCGACAGCACAUGAACACUUGAAGGCACCUCCUCUCUUUUGAUGCUCCUCCCCCUUCAGGUGGGGCCGGCAUGACCCGAAGCAGUUCAAGCUGCAUGCACUUUAUCUUUUAUUUGUUUAGUUUGAAUUCAAGUUUAUUUUUGGACCAACAGAUACUGAAAAAAACAAACCUAGAUGUUAGUUCCACAUACUGUAAGGCCGCUUGUAUGUUGCAUGCAGUUGUACAGUUUGCUCGUACUUGAAUAUUAAAGAGAUCAAAAGAACCAAUUGAAGCCAUUCCCAUCUCGCGGAGACCCGUUUUAUGUUCCAGCGCCAGAUGUUGAGAAGCUGAUGAUGAUGUUGAUGUCUUACCUGGAGGAUGUACAGUAGCAGACCUGGCAGCCUCGAAUCAUAGUUUACCUCACAAGGCUGCGAUCACGAUAAACAUGUCCGAAAAACAACAACAGAUGAAUGGAAUUAUGUUUAGGAAACAAAAAAUUAUACUUGAUAUUCUUAUAAAAGAUGCGAAGACUGGACUACACAUUCACUGUAAAUACUUACACACACUGAUCAAUGGUUCCGUUUAAAAUCCAUAAAAGUUUGGGCUCCGCCCACAAUCUGGCUGCAGUGAAAGGCUGUCAUGGACUCCGGUUCAAAACCCAACGCACGUCCUGCUCUUCACCCACGAGUGAGCUCAGUUUCAUCAUCAGUAUUAGAAGGACAAAAACUGUUUACAACUUCUGUGUUCCACUGAAAUAACAAGAACAAAAUAAACAGCGUUCACGUCAAAGGGUUUCUUGUUUGUACAGCAGAUGUGGCUCAAAUGAUGUGUAUGUUUUAUAUUUUAAAAUAAUGUGGGCGGGGGGAGUUUGUUUUUAUUAUUUACAAAUAAAAAG